AUGCAUCGUGUACAACACAAACAAGUCGUGGUCGCCCACGAUUUUCUCGCCGAGCCGGCCGAUCGGCAAGCGAAACCCCGAGCCCGCACGGGUCUCUUGGCUGUCACACGGCCCACACCCAUCGGGGUCGGCGUUCGAAAGACCGACAUUGAAGCUCAGGGCUCUCAUGUGUUGAUUGAUUGGCUUUAG